CGCCCAAAGCAAAAUUGGCGGAUACUACGUCCACUGAGCUGGACGGAGAAGAAGUCGAUGAUGAUGACCUGCUUGUGCUGAAAGACGUUACCGUCAAAUUUCGCAUACUCAAAUCUCAAAUAGUAACCCAUGCAUAUCCAAACAUUUACACGAUCGAAGAAGUCAAGAAAGACAUUUCGAAAAAGUUUCAAAUUCAACCAAAAUUUCUGAUACUCAAGCAAAGCAGUGGUGAGAGAAUCUUGGAAGACGUUCAACGCUUGUUCGAUGUCUGUGACAACAACUACGGCAUCGUAAACAUGGAUCUUGAGCUAGCCGAAAGUGCAAGAGAGGAAAAUAUCCGCCUGGAACCUCAGGUCUACUACAACAAUUUCAGUCUACCGGAUAUAAUUACGGUUUGCAUACCGGCUGAUGGAACCACGGAGGGAAAGGUGAGCCGUGACCUUGUGGUUGAAAUCGAAAAUCAAGCCAUCAUCAAGCCUUUCAUCGGUGGUUAUGUAGAUAAAAUCACAAAAACCGAAUAUCAUGACGCCUUCACCCAAACUGGUCCGCCUUUGGAGAGAAUCAAAUUUGAAGGAAUACUGAGCCGCGACACACAAACCGUAGAAGAGAAGGCCAUCGAAAUUGACACACCGCGUGAUUGCGCUACGGUGAAUUUCGGUGAUGCUACCGAGCAUUCCUACGUGUCCAAAUACACUGACCGCGUCAUCGAACCGGGAAAGUACGAAAGCUACGACGAGAUGACAAAGCGCAUAGAUCUAAUAGGGAAGGUAACACUUAUCCAGCGCAAUUUUCGGCGUUACAUGUGGCAGAGACUAAUAAAAGAAAGCGCUGCAGAAUGGAGACGCCUCCAAAAAGAACAGAAACGACGGGAGAGUAAGCGGACGAAAGUUCGCCAAGACGAGUACCGAAAGGAAUGCAUAGUAAAAACCUUUCCAAAAACAAAGCAAGACUUUGACGCACUGUACGCUCAGGUGCAGAUGUGGAAGGAAAACGAAUUAAAGCAGAUUUGUGAGAAAUACUCGGGUGCCCCUAAAAUCGCCGAGAUGAACAUGCUGCUCGACAAGGAAGUUCAGCUACUAAAUGGCAUCGAGAGACAACGACAGAUACUGCAGCAGCAAGCGAAGAAAGUUCGCAAUGAACAAAUUUUGAAAAAAUUGGGCGACCCUGUGAAAUGGGUCGGCUAUAACAGCUUGAUUAUUCAAAUGGAUACGUUGAGCAAUCAGCGAGCGCGCUAUUUGACUAACUAUUACCGAAAACUGGCAGACGAGACCCAAGGGGCCCACGAGCGAAUCACACUACUUAAUCGCCUUUCGGAUGUCAUCGCCAAAGAGGUGCAUCCAGCAGUAGAUGAGCUGGAAACUUUGCUACAACGUGAAAGGCAAUUGCUCAUAUGUAAUGUGAAGGAAACAGGAUUGGAUUUACUAAGAAAACGUCAGUUAACCCUUUUGAUGGACAUUAUUUCAACAGAUAAAACGGAAGACACAGAUAGCAAGAAAUCUAAUUCACGGCUCUGCAAAAAAUGUAGCCGAGUGCGACCGAUAUCAAAAUUUCCAUUGGAUACACGUUUAACAUCAGCCAGUAUAUGUGAAAGAUGUACCGACCUUCAAGGACCAGCCGUCGACAUAGCUAUCUAUCGUUCAAUCUUGCGUUCUAUCCGACGAGAUGAGAAAAAGCGUGGAGCCCUGUCUUCAUUCGCAUUCAUUAUUCAAGACAACGACAUCAAGCAUAUCGUGAAUAACAUCUGGCACGGUCACUCGGCAAUCUCUAAUGAAACUAAUCGAGCUGAACUGCGACUUCCUCGGUGGAAUAUUGCGAAAGAUUGGGCACCGUGGAAUUGCAUAUGUCUAACCGAAGGUGAAGCUAGAGCCCACUUGAAGAUAGUAAACCUCGAACUUUACUACGAAAAGAGUAUCAUAAAGGACAUCAAGAAUAAGCAUGCGCUAUCCAAAUCGGCGUUCAAACAGUUACGAGAGAUUGAUCAAGUAUUUGUCGAGUCAGGAAACUGGUGGCAAGUUGGACUAAACGGAAGCAAUGUUUAAACAAGCAAUUGAAAACAAAUCGUAUUGUUUGUGGGUGUGAUUUAUUUUCCUUUCUGUUCAUG